AGCCUGACAGGUUCUAAAGGACAUUUGAAACGUCCCUGGGAAACGCUAUUGUCCACAAGCGAAAUCCACACGUCGCAGCGCCCAUCCACACCCGCUGAAUAAACACACACACACAACACACCCUCUCACCCAAAACAAGACGAUUUCCCGUCGCCUCGAAAUCUGGCACGCAUCCAAUCAUCCACACUCGCACUUCGACCAAGAAUCACCGUCGCACCAACACACGGCCAGGCGCGCGACCGUCACUUCUCCUACCAAACCUGCGCACAUCACACUGCCAUCGUCACAUUUCGCACACACCGCCGUCGUCGCAAUAUCAUCACCGACUUCGCCGUCAUCUCGCGCGCAUCAUCCUCAUGUGAUCGCUCACAGGAACCAACUUGGAAUGCAAUAACAAAUAACCCCGACGCGCAUUUCACCACAGUCCUUUCCGGUUCGCAGGCCCGGUCUGGUCGGACUCAUCCGAGACCAUGUCUUCCUGCGCCGGCGACCGCGACCGGCCACACAACUACACUCGAUCUAGCCGGCCCGUCGAUGUUUUACCUGCGUCGCAAUAUCUUCAGGACCGGCUCCACGAGCGACGUUCACGAAUCACACGCCCGAAGCGCUCGCGUCACACCGAUAUAGGUCCUUGGUCAGGUCGCGACGAUGACAUUUUUCUGCAUGAGGCCGAGGAAAGCAGCAAGGCUGCAGGGCUGGCUGCGACAGCCAGUUCGCCGUUGUACUUCAACGGACGUGCAUCUGCAUCAGAUGCCAUGAAUGGCCCUGGGGGCAGUAAACGUCGCGCCAUGGGUGUGCGCGACAUGGAUCUUCACAUAGAUAAAUUGAGCAAACAGAACUUUGACCUGAAACUGGAACUGGAUCACCGUCGUGAGCAGACGGAAAGGCUGAAGGAGCAGAUCGAGGCCAUGCGGGAACAGAGUGCUCUUGCGGAACAGCUGGCUGCAGAGCAUACGGAGUUGCUCAAGAUUAACUCGCAAUUGGUGGAGGAAUUGGAGAAGCGUGAUCGCGCGAUCGAGGAGGCCAUGGACAUCAUCUGCGAUUUAGAGGACAAAGUCGCAGACCUAGAGGAUCGUAACGGAAACACUCGACCAUCCACCGCGCAGGCCGACUCUGGAUAUGCUGGAACCGAGGCACAAGAAACGAUACCUCCAUCCUCACCGCCGGAAUCGCACAUCCCUCGGACACCUGUCAUCAAUGUGCGAUCUCCCUCACUCCCAGCAGCAUCAGCGGCUUCACAGCGACUCCACAACCUUAUGAAUGGCGCAACGCCAGCCAAGUCGAGAAGGCAGCCGCUCGCGCUUAGCCAUCAGAAGCCCAGCAAUUUCGCUCUGCGUAGCGUCUAUCUGGAAUCGACGAGGGAGCUCAACCCGGUGAAGAGCUUUCACUCACUCCUCUCUCGACAGGAAAGCCGCGCGGAUGAAGAAGAAGACGAAGCUUUAAAUUCUCCGCGCCUGAGCGUGCUCAGCGAAGGUAGCUUCACAUCAUUUUACAGCCAGCGGAAACAUGUCAGCCCAGAGCAAUUCCCCUGGGAGCUAGCUGGUGAUGACACUCCCACCUCGCCAGUCGGUGGUCGAUCACAUCUUCGACAAGACAGCAUGAAGCGAGUUAGCCAAUGGAUCUCCGAACGCGAUGCUGCCGAGAGCACGCCCUCUAAGUCAAACACCAUCUCUGCGCCGUUGGCUGAUCCUGUGGUCGACGACCAGGAGGUUGCUCCUUUGCCGCCUAAGCACGCCUCAUCCUCUGAAUCAAGUCCCUUGAAGAUGCUCAAUGAUGCAUUGCAGUCAAUGGAUGUUUCUAAAGACAUGUCGCCCUUUCCACAACGCCGCCCUCGAACUGAUAAGCAGCGACCGAGAGGCCCGCAGGCUAGACCGAAUAGUUUUGCAGGACCAAUAUUUGGCGAGCCGCUUCUCCCGCCAACUCCAGACAGUGUCAGCACGCGAAUGCUACGUGCAUCGCGCUCCAGCAUCAACGGAGAGGACCGAAGCCUUCUUGACACGACCCCCGCCCCUGUCAAAAUGUACACUGCACUGGAACCUGAUAUCCGCACCGCGCCCCGCCAAAUGCGAUCUUCUGUAGAGUUGAGCACAGCUUUUGACAGCAAUUUGCAAUAUCGCAGCAGCGGACUUGUCAACCGUCGGGAGAGUAGCUCAGAUGGAGAGGAUCAUGUAAGCGAUCUGGCAAUGCUGAAGGAGAUGAACGAGACCAGCCCGGAUGGAGACGCCUUUACCAGUGGCCAACCAUUUCUUUCAAGCACACCACGGCCGCUGAUAAAUGUUGCAAAAUCACCACCACGUGUCACGCAUGCAAUCUCACCGACCGAGCUUUACAGAUCGCCUCCACAUCGUCGCCGAUCAAGUGCUGAGAUCAAGACCCACAAUCUGAGACCACGCCUUCCACGCAAUGAAUCCAGCCCAAUCUUUGUGGGAUCUUUAAGCAAGAUGGCGGCUGCCAAUCCGAGUUCAUCCUUUGAGAGUGUGACCAGUCCUCACUCAACUCACUCCGGCUCGUCGGGUACGCGUACUAUCGUUCAAGCUACCACUAGCAGCGUCAUCUCACCCACAAUCGCGGCAACCACGAAUCCUCUCGACCAACGACCAGUGUCACCGGAAUUUCCCCGCCGCACUCCUCUUCCCAGAUCGAAUAGUGUCGUGUCACCUAGUACUGGACCGCUGAUUUCCUCAACCGGAGGGUCCAGUCGUAUGCGGAUCGCCCAUUCACCAGUGCGAGCUCUUUCGCAGAAGACCCAAAACCUCUUCCGCCGCCUGAGUAACACUCAGAGCGGUGACCGGGAUGCUUUCCACGCCUAUCAAAGCUCUGGAACCCCGACAAACAGCCGAUAUGAAUGGGAGAAAUCUCCGCUCCCCACAUUGACAUCGACGCCCUCGUCAGCCUACCACUACGACCCACCGAAACGGCCGAGGACGAGCCAGGGAGAUCAACAUCAUCACCAUCAUUUGCACGGCAUCAACAACACACCUCGAGUCGGAGGCACCACCACGCCCCGCCCACCAAGUGCCCGUGGUCGUCGUCCAUCUGUGCAAUCCCGAACCCGAACAACAACUACCGAUUUAUCAUCCACCACCGACAACCACUUCACCUUCCCCGCUGCUGCUCCACGAACUUCCUCGUCCUCGAACCGCGAUGCAGGCGGUGUGCGAGUGUCCGACGCGUCUACUAAAGAACUCAACGUCAGCACAAGCGGCUCCACCCUGAAUACGACUACCAAAGACCUCCCGAGCCUCCCUCCUCUGACAACCGCACUCGCAUCGCCACCUCUGCCGGCCAAGGAUACCCCAUCCGUCACCUUCAAAGACACCGCGCCCCCAGCUCACCUCCAACAGCACCAUCCCCGCAAAUCCCUCUUCCGCCGCAGCAACAGCCACAAACUCCCCUUCGACCUCUCCGCCGCCUUCUCCGCCUCCUCGACAACUUCCUCGCCCGUGAUGAGCACGACUUCAGUUCUCCCAACCACACCCCAACACGAGGACGCCCCGUCCACGCCGACCGUCACUUCGCCCCCGAGUCUUUCGAAUAAUCUCCCCAAUGAAUCCGCUGUCGGAAGUCCCCUCAAAGACGAUCGACUUACGAAUAAAGAAGACAAGUCGUCGGGUAAAGAGGAGAGGCAGCGAAGGCGAGGCAGCAUGCGCGAUGCCAUCCUCGCUGUCAGCGCGGCGGCUGCAGGAAGUAGUACAGGAGGCACAGUGAGACGGCCUUGGCGACAAUAGACACCUCACCGUUUUCAGCGUGUGGUGAAGUCGCGAUUGCUGUAACAUCAUCCAGGACGAUGAUUAUUUUUCUCUUUUUUUCUCUUUAUCCUUUUUCAAAUGUUGCUUGUUAUCUUACUUGGUUUACCUCCCUUGGGUAUUGUUUUUCAGCGUGGCGAUGGAAUUACUUGGGGAGAACGCAAGGCGAUUACUAUUUUAGUAGCCUCUCCAGAAGAUUAGAGACAGCUCCCCACAGAGAGAUAACGAAUUGAAAUGUCA